AUGCUACUGCCCCCUGCCUGGGUCUUUCCGACUGUUGCGGCCUCAACAUGGCUAGCCAUGCUUUUGGCAAUGUUGGGCCAUUGGACUAUGAUCGGUGAACCGAGAUAUGGCCUCAUGAAGCCUGGCCAGAACAUCCCGUUCAUUUCGGACAUCGGAGCACAAGAACUCAAACCGUUAUUCAUGAUCGGGUGCAUCACAACCGUCCUGCUCCUCAAUCUCUCUUUCUACCAAUUCAUCCAAUCCAAGGGAUAUAUCAACAAACUUUGCACACACGGUUCAUUCUUUUUUACAAUCAUUGGAGGCACAGGCUUGGUCUUGCUUUCCGUUCUCGAUAACAUCUCCCACCAUCUCACACAUGAUAUCUGUGUGACGGUGUUCAUUGUUGGAUUCCUAGUCAGCGCAGCCUUGAUGGCCCUGGACUAUAUCUACCUGGGCAUUGCCCAUGCCCUCCGCGAGCCCAUGCUGCUCACAAGUUUCGCAAUCAAAGUGUCAUUUAUUGUCAUUGAACUCACUCUCAUUAUCGUUUUCCGAAUCACGGAACACACCCACUACAACCAGAACAAUAUGGCGGCCACUCUCGAAUGGGUCAUCGCCUUUGUCUUCACUGGUUACAUUCUUUCCUUGAUCGUGGAUCAACUACCUUCCUCCCAAAGGAACCUUCAGGACCCCAAGGGUUAUCAACAGCUCGAAAUGAGGACAAGCAUGAGUUUGCCUUAA